UUUUUAAAUUAUUAAAAAAUAGCAACUAACACAUAAUAACUUUUAAAAAAUGGACGGAUUUACAGUAGAAAGAUAUUAAAAAGUUGAAAAAAUAGGAGAAGGAACAUAUGGAGAAGUAUAUAAAGCAAAAGACUUAUAAAAUUAAGAAUUAGUAGCUUUAAAGAAAAUAAAAUUGGAAAACGAAGAUGAAGGAGUACCAUCAACAGCAUUAAGAGAAAUAUCAAUUUUGAAAGAGCUUUAAUAGCAUCCAAAUAUAGUUAACAUGAAUGAAGUUAUUUAUUAACCUCAUGAAAAGAAAUUAAUUUUAGUUUUCGAGUAUGUAGAUUAAGACUUGAAAAAAUUCUUAGAUUAAUAUAGAAAAGACAAGACUUUAAGACUCGCUACAUAUUAAAUAAAAUUAAUUAUGUAUCAAAUAUUAAAUGGGCUAAAUUUCUGUCAUAGUCGUAGAAUUAUCCAUCGAGAUUUAAAACCUCAAAAUGUUCUUAUUGAUAAAAAAGGAAAUAUAAAAAUUGCUGAUUUUGGUUUGGCUAGAGCUUUCGGAGUUCCUAUUAAAACAUUAACUCAUGAAGUUGAAACUUUAUGGUAUAGAGCUCCUGAAAUUCUUUUGGGAUAAAAAGCUUAUUCAUUAGGAGUUGAUAUUUGGUCUUUAGGAUGCAUAUUCCAUGAAUUAGUUGAAAAAAAAGCACUUUUUAUGGGAGAUUCGGAAAUUGAUUAGAUUUUUAAAAUUUUUUAAUACCACGGAACUCCUAAUGAAAAUAAUUGGCCUGGGUUGAGAGAAUGUCCCUAUUUCAAAUCUACUUAUCCAAGAUUUAAAAAGGCUGAAGAAGGAGUUUAUUUUAAAAACUUUGAUAAAUUAGGAUAAAACUUAAUUGAAAAAAUGAUUGAAUUAGAUCCAGCUUAAAGAAUUUCAGUUAAAGAAGCUCUCAGACAUCCUUAUUUUGAUGAACUAAAAAAAGAGGAUAUUAUGAAAUAUAAUUUUGUUUAAAAUUAAAUAUUUUGAUUGACUUUUUUUUUUUUUUAAUCAUUUAUUUUUGUUUGCUUUAAUUUUAUUUUAUCAUUAUAUUAUUUUUUAUU